CUGAAGCAAAUAUUAAUGCUAAAGAUAUGAACAAGUGGACACCUCUACAUCGUGCUACCCAUAAAGGUCAUGAAGAGAUUGUUAAAAUUCUUCUCAAAGCUGAAGCAAAUAUUAAUGCUGAAGAUAUGAACAAGUGGACACCUCUACAUCGUGCUACCCAUAACGGUCAUGAAGAGAUUGUUGAAAUUCUUCUCAAAGAUGGAGCAGACAUUAAUGCUGAAAAUACUGACAAGCGGUCACCUCUACAUCUGGCUGCCGAUAAUGGUCAUAAAGAGAUUGUUGAAAUUCUUCUCACAGCUGAUGCAAAUAUUAAUGCUGAGGAUACAGACAAGCGGUCACCUCUACAUCUGGCUGCCGAUAAUGGUCAUAAAGAGAUUGCUGAAAUUCUUUCCAAAGCUGGAGCAAAUGUUAAUGCUGAAGGUAAAAACAAGUGGACACCUCUACAUCUGGCUGCCGAUAAUGGUCAUAAAGAGAUUGUUGAAAUUCUUCACAAAGCUGGAGCAAAUAUUAAUGCUGAAGAUAAGAACAAGUCUACACCUCUACAUCUGGCUGCCGUUAAUGAUCAUAAAGAGAUUGUUACAAUUCUUUCCAAAGCUGGAGCAAAUAUUAAUGCUGAAAAUGAAAUCAAGCGGACACCUCUACAUCUGGCUGCCGAUAAUGGUCAUAAAGAGAUUGUUACAAUUCUUUCCAAAGCUGGAGCAAAUAUUAAUGCUGAAAAUGAAAUCAAGUGGACACCUCUACGUCUGGCUGCCACUAAAGGUCAUAAAGAGAUUGUUGAAAUUCUUCUCAAAGCUGGAGCAAAUGUUAAUGCUGAAAGUAAAAACAAGUGGACACCUCUACAUCUGGCUGCCGAUAAUGGUCAUAAAGAGAUCGUUGAAAUUCUUCACAAAGCUGGAGCAAAUGGUAAUGCUGAAAAUGAAAUCAAGUGGACACCUCUACAUAUGGCUGCCGUUAAUGGUCAUAAAGAGAUUGUUGAAAUUCUUCACAAAGCUGGUGCUAAUAUUAUUGCUGAAAAUAAAAUCAAGUGCACACCUCUUCAUCUGGCUGCCGUUAAUGGUCACAAAGAGAUUGUUAAAAUUCUUCUCAAAGCUGGAGCAAAUAUUAAUGCCGAUGAAGAGAACAAGUGGACACCGUUACAUUUGGCUGCCCGAAAGGGUCAUAAAGGGACCGUUGAAAUACUUCUCAAAGCUGGGGCAAAUGUUAUUGCUGAAGAUAAAAACAAGCAGACACCUCUACACUGCGCUGCCUUUAAUGGUCAUAAAGAGAUGGUUGAAAUUCUUCUCAAAGCUGGAGCAAAUAUUAAUGCUGAAUAUAAAAACAAGUGGACACCUCUGCAUUUGGCUGCCAUUGAACGUCGUACACAAAUUGUCGAAAUUCUUCUCAAAGCUGGAGCAAAUAUUAAUGCUGAAGAUAUAGACAAGUGGACACCGUUACAUUUGGCUGCUGUUGAAGGUCAUAAAGAGAUUGUUGAAAUUCUUCACAAAGCUGGUGCAAAUAUUAAUACUGAAGAUAUAGACAAGUGGACACAGUUACAUUUGGCUGCCGUUAAAGGUCAUAAAGAGAUUGUUAAAAUUCUUCUCAAAGCUGGAGCAAAUAUUAAUGCUGAAGAUAAAAACAAGCGGACACCUCUAUACAUGGCUGCCUAUAAAGGUCACAAAGAGAUUGUUGAAAUUCUUCACAAAGCUGGAGCAAAUAUUAUUGCUGAAUAUAAAAACACGUGGACACCUCUACACUGCGCUGCCUAUAAGGGUCAUAAAGAGAUUGUUGAAAUUCUUCACAAAGCUGGAGCAAAUAUUAUUUCUGAAGAUAUAGACAAGUGGACACCGUUACAUUUGGCUGCCGUUAAAGGUCAUAAAGAGAUUGUUAAAAUUCUUCUCAAAGCUGGAGCAAAUAUUAAUGCUGAAGAUAAAAACAAGCGGACACCUCUAUACCUGGCUGCCUAUAAAGGUCACAAAGAGAUUGUUGAAAUUCUUCACAAAGCUGGAGCAAAUAUUAUUGCUGAAUAUAAAAACAAGUGGACACCUCUACACUGCGCUGCCUAUAAGGGUCAUAAAGAGAUUGUUGAAAUUCUUCACAAAGCUGGAGCAAAUAUUAUUGCUGAAGAUAUAGACAAGUGGACACCGUUACAUUUGGCUGCCCAAAAUGGUCAUAAAGAGAUUGUUAAAAUUCUUCUCAAAGCUGGAGCAAAUAUUAAUGCUGAUGAAGAGAACAAGUGGACACCGUUACAUUUGGCUGCUCAAAAUGGUCAUAAAGGGACCGUUGAAAUACUUCUCAAAGCUGGGGCAAAUGUUAUUGCUGAAGAUAAAAACAAGCAGACACCUCUACAUCUGGCUGCCGUUAAAGGUCAUAAAGAGAUUGCUGAAAUUCUUCUCAAAGCUGGAGCAAAUAUUAUUGCUGAAAAUAAAAACAAGUGGACACCAUUACAUUUGGCUGCUCAAAAUGGUCAUAAAGGGACCGUUGAAGUACUUCUCAAAGCUUGGGCAAAUGUUAAUGCUGAAGAUAAAAACAAGCAGACACCUCUACAUCUGGCUGCCGUUAAAGGUCAUAAAGAGAUUGUUGAAAUUCUUCUCAAAGCUGGAGCAAAUAUUAUUGCUGAAAAUAAAAACAAGUGGACACCUCUACAUUUGGCUGCCGGUAAUGGUCACAAAGAGAUUGUUGAAAUUCUUUUCAAAGCGGAAGUAAAUAAUAAUGCUGAAGAUAUAGACAAGUGGACACCUCUACACUGCGCUGCCGUUAAUGGUCACAAAGAGAUUGUUGAAAUUCUUCUCAAAGCUGGAGCAAAUAAUAAUGCUGAAGAUAAAAACAAGUGGACACAGUUACAUUUGGCUGCCGUUUAUGGUCAUAAAGAGAUUGUUAAAAUUCUUCUCAAAGCUGGAGCAAAUAUUAAUGCUGAUGAAGAGGACAAGUGGACACCGUUACAUUUGGCUGCUCAAAAUGGUCAUAAAGGGACCGUUGAAAUACUUCUCAAAGCUGGGGCAAAUGUUAAUGCUGAAGACAAAAACAAGCAGACACCUCUACAUCUGGCUGCCGUUAAAGGUCAUAAAGAGAUUGUUGAAAUUCUUCUCACAGCUGAUGCAAAUACUAAUGCUAAAGAUAACGACAAGUGGACACCUCUACACCAUGCUGCUGAUAAUGGUCAUAAAGUGAUUGUUAAAAUUCUUCUCAGAGCUGAUGCAAAUAUUAAUGCUGAAGAUAUAGACAAGCUCACACCUCUACGUCUGGCUACCAAUAAUGGUCAUAAAGAAAUUGUUGAAAUUCUUCUCAAAGCUGGAGCAAAUAUUAUUGCUGAGACAAAACAA